GGAACCGCGGGGCUCGGCGCUUCCUGCUCCAGUCCCUUCCGUACAGCCGAAGCCGUCCGGUCCGAUUUGAGAUGGACGGAGGCGAGGGGGGCUCGGGGCCCCCGGGACCGGCGGAGCGGUCCCACCGCAGCAGCGUGUCCUCCGCCGGAGCCCGAGCUGCUGAUGUGCUCGUCUACCUCAUGGAUGACACCGCGUUGCCCCUUGCUGUGGAGAAUAUGGCCUCCAUCACUGCCCAGGACCUCCACCGCACCAUCCGGGAGGCCCUGCAGCUCCCCGACAUCGCCAUGGAGGCCUUUGCCCUCUGGCUCAUCUCGCCCUUGCUUGAGGUGCAGCUGAAGCCCAAGCACCAGCCAUACAAGGUGUGCCGGCAGUGGCCGGACCUGCUGUUCCGCUUCACGGAUGCCCCAGAGGACGACAUGGCUGUGGAUGAGCCCUCCCUACAGUUCCGAAGGAAUGUCUUUUUUCCAAAGCGGAAGGAGUUGCAGGUCAACAAUGAGGAUGUCUUGAGGCUGUUGUAUGAAGAGGCCAAGUUCAAUGUGUUGGAGGUGCGCUAUCCCUGUGACGUGGAGGACUGUGAGAAGCUCGGGGCCCUGGUGUGUCGGCUGGAACUGGGGCCUUACCGCCAAGGCCAGCAGACAGCCUGUGUCGUGAAAGAGAAGCUCGACUCCUUCCUGCCUGCCCAUCUCUGCAAGCGGCCUCACAACCUCUUCACAGCCUUCCGGAGCCGGGGACCCCGGCUGGUGCCAGGGGAGCAGGGCCUGUUGAGUGCCUACCAGGAGGUGAAGGAAGAGGCAGCGGGCCCAGAGGCUGAGCUGCUCACCAGGCAUUACCGGGCCUACCUGCUCAAAUGCCACGAGCUGCCCUACUAUGGGUGCGCAUUUUUCUGCGGCGAGGUCGACAAGCCGGCCCAGGGCUUCCUGCACCGGGGUGGGCGCAAGGCCGUGACCGUGGCCAUCAACUUGGAGGGUGUCCAUGUCAUCGAUACCAAGGAGAAGCACGUCCUCCUGGGCCUGCGCUUCCAAGAGCUAUCCUGGGACUACACCUGCUCAGGCGACGACGAGCCCAUCCUGUGGCUGGAGUUCGAUGGGGAGAGUGAGGGCACGCCCAUCAACAAACUACUGAAGGUGUACUCCAAGCAGGCAGAGCUGAUGAGCGGCCUCAUUGAGUACUGCAUCGAGCUGAGCCUAGCCAAGGAGCCUGCCCUGGCUCAGGAGGCAAAGGUCAGCCCCACGGCCGGCCCUGGCCCCCAGCCUCCCACUGCCUCUCAGCGCCACAAGCUCCGGAGGCAGAGCAGUGUGGUCUGCAGCCGGAUUCAGCACCUGGCCACCAUCGAUUACGUGGAUGACGGCAAGGAGAUAAAGCGAGUGAAGCCCAAACGGACAACUUCCUUCUUCAGUCGUCAGCUGUCCCUGGGCCCAGCAGCAUAUGCUGUGGUCCAGCCCACGGACAGCCUAGAGCAGGGCUGAAAGGAAGAGAGAGAGAAACCCUUCCUGAACUGAAGCCAGCACUGUAUUGGGGGCACCUGUCCUGUCUGUCCCACCCUCGGCUGGGUGGACAGCCCCGGGCUCCGCUAAAUUAUUCCUCUAAUUUAUGUAUGUGCUUCCUCUUCUGUGCAUCGGUGGCCGUGUGACUUGGGACUUGGCAUUCAAUACCUUGGGUGAUUGUGGGGCCCCACCACCUGGCUCAGGCUUGAGCAGGGUAAGGGACUCCCUCAGUGUCACCUGCUCCCCUGUGCCCUGGGUCUCUGGGCCUUGUGCACAGAAACAUAGGCCUCUGUGCCCUCCCCAAAGUGCCUGCUACUGUCUGAUCAAGCUGGAUCUUGAAGAAGCAGCCAAAGAAUCCUCCAGUUUGGGAUCCAAACAGUAGAAUCUGGUUCAGAUCCCCCUUCUCUGACCCCAGCGAGCUUGGCAUCUGCAUCGUCCACAUUCCUUCUGGUAAACACAUUGUCACACUCCCUCCUGGGGCUGCUGGAAGGGAAGGAACCAGCCCCCAGGCUGCUGCCUGAUGCCCUAAGUUCACACCUGGCUCAGCCUCGAUGCUGAUUGGCUAGGGAGCACUGCCCCCACCACAUGUUCUCCACCAGCUCCUCCAGGAUGUCACAGCCUCUCCUUGGGCAUGUUUCUGCUUGUUAGCUGUUAUGUGUUAUGUGACAGAAGGCUGGAAGGAGUGUGGGUUGACGGCACUCUGGUGGGCAGAUUCAGGUGGGCUUGGAAUGCCUUUUGUCAACCAAGAAACAAUCUCCUUUUCAUCCCCAUAGAGGUUUUGCCUUCUGGGGUGAGCCUGUGCCACCCACGGGCCAUAGGCCCACAUACACAUUUGUUCUGCCAGAGGCUUCUGGGAACACCAGGAUCUCCAGCACUUUAGCCAGGGCCUCCAUCAGUAGCCUAGACAGCAUUUGGAUUCCCCAGGCUGGCUCAGGGACAUCCCUUAGGUUGGGGGCCCAGCUGAUGUGGUUGACUGGUUAGCAGAGAGCUUCCCCCUUGCCACCCUGUACUCAACCUGGCCAACUGGAGGAAUUCACUGUCGCUUAAGGCCUUAACGCCACACCAUAACUCUCUUUUAAGCACAAUUUGAAUGGAAAUUUUAAUUUAAGAAAAAAUUGUUUUCAUAUUUUGUUGAUUUCCCACCCCACCCCCCAAAAAAGGCCAACAGUCCAAACCUUUCGACAGGGGAGAGCAUUUCCCUGUUGCAGUCAAAACUGGGUUUGGGAUUUCUUUUGACUUUCCUGUCACUACUAAUCCUACAUUUUAAAGGAAAUCUGUCUUACGGGAAAGGGGCAAGUGUCAGCACCGGAAUUUACUUUGUACUCCUUUCAUGCUGCUGGGAAAGGUGACCAGAGGUAUGUCCUCAACAUGGUCUGUCUGUCAGGAGCUCUCUCAGGUCAUCCCAAAUGUCUGGCAUUUUAUUGCCUUCACCGAGCGAGAGCUUUCUUUUUAAAAAAAAAAAUGCCUCUAGGAUGUUAAGAUUGAGAUGAGCCAGCAGGACCCUGGUGCCCAUCCUCAGCACCUGUGGAAGCUGUCUUGCUCUAGGCAGGCAGUACUCCAAGAGAUUUCUUCCUGGGUCACCUAUGGGCAGAAGCUUCCCCGCAGUUCUGUGCUGAGAUGCUGGUCAGUGACAGAGUGAGGAGAGUCCCUCUGGGUCCUUUCUCGGGGAGGGGGAGGGGUACAGGUCAGUGAUGUGCCUCCGUAACCCAUUUCAUGGUUUUUUCCGUAUUCUCUCCUCCCUGUUCUUAACAAAUGGUGUUUUACUAAUUAUGGUGACUCCUUUUUUAGUGGACAUACUAAUUUUUUGUAUUCUAUAAAUAACCCUUAACAAUACAGAUCGUUUCUAGCA